AUCCGGGAAUGCUGCGAAACCUCAUUUCCCGGGUCCUCGGCGGUCGCUGGCGGGACCUGUAGAUGUUGGCCCAGCGGGCGCUGGGCAAAAGCCCCACGUGGGGUGGCGGCUGGUGUGCAGAUCGCGGCGGGAGAGAGGCGCGGUAGGAACGGGUCGUUGGAGCCGUGAGCCGCGCAGGAGUAAAAGAGAAGCAAUGCAGAAAUCCGAGUGCCAUAGAAGUGUACAGUUAAGAAACAGAGUGACAGAUAACUGUGAUCAAAGGACAUCAUCAAGUGCACAAAUAAAACAUAGGACUGCAGUUCAACAAAGGAAAUCCUCCUCGUCAACCCGUUCUCCAGAAUCUGCAAGAAAACUUCAUCCUCGACCAAGUGAUAAACUUAACCCUAAAACAAUAAACCCUUUUGGUGAACAGUCACGAGCCCCUUCUGCAUUUGCAGCUAUUUACUCUAAGGGAGGUGUUCCUUGCAGAUUGGUCCAUGGUUCAGUAAAACACAGGUUACAGUGGGAGUGUCCUCCUGAAAAGCUUCCAUUUGAUCCUCUUCUUAUUACUUUAGCUGAGGGUCUGAGAGAGACUAAGCAUCCAUACACCUUUGUGUCAAAGGAGGGUUUUAGAGAAUUACUUUUGGUCACAGGUGCUCUUGAAAAAGCUGUGCCUUUGCUUCCUAGACUGAUUCCUGUGCUGAAGGCAGCUCUGGUCCACUUGGAUGAUGAAGUGUUUGAAAGAGGAUUGAAUGCUCUGGUACAGUUAAGUGUCGUUGUUGGCCCUUCUCUAAAUGACCAUCUGAAACAUCUGCUUACAAGUCUUUCCAGGAGACUAAGGGACAAGAAAUUCAAAGAACCAAUCACCACUGCAUUACAGAAGCUGGAGCAGCAUGGUGGAAGUGGAAGCCUUACCAUCAUCAAAUCUAAAAUUCCAACCUAUUGUUCCAUAUACUGCUGAAGAAAGAGCCCUGGUGACAGGUGUUAAACGCUGACCAUGGGUAUGCACGGAACCUUUUCAGAGUCACUUCAAUUUAUUCUUCUGUAAAUCACAACCACCCUUCAUUAUUGCUGGCUUUAGAGGAGUAUACACAAUUCCACUGAAUCAUAGUACAAGUUACUCAUUAAAAAAAAGAAUGGUUAAUGAUGGAAAACUAUUAAAAAAAAGUUCUAUAAUAGUACAAUCUUGUGGGGUUUAUUUUUUCAUAUUUUUUAUGGUUUGUGUGAGCAACAGUUAUUUGGUGUACAGUGGAUGUGUUUGUAUAUAUUUUCUAGUGUCUUUUAUAUAUAACAUUUAUACAGUUCGUGUGUAGCUGUGCACUUAUUUUUAGACAUUUUGCCAUUUCCUGGGUUUUAUAUUUAU